AUGACGUACUUCCGCCGACGGUGACGUCACCGCGAGUGCAUCCGGCGACGACAUCGGCGCGCGACUUCUGGCCCGUGUCGCCGUGGUUCUGCUCCGUCAUUGCCUCCGCUGCCCCCUCGUCGCAGAGUGCCACAAACUCUACGAGUUUCUUUCUCGGUCGGAGUCUCCCAGAGUCUCCCGCUUGUUCUCUCAGAGUCUCCGGGACUCGUAUUGGGCGGGAGGCCCUCUCCGGAGUCUCCGAGUCGAGUCUCGUAGAAUCCUCGAAUUCCCGUCUCACAAGCGGUCUCUCUGCUUCUUCCGUCUCUCACUCUUAGUACCGAGCCUUUCUUGAGUCUCCCCCGAGUCUUUCUCUUGGUCUCUCCUAGUUCUGAGUCUCCCCCCCUCCUCCACAGAUAGUGCCACCACCGACCUGCUCUGACUUAGCUGCACAUCUCCCAUUUGCGUGACCACCACCACCACCGCUCUCCCACGCCCGACACAACCAUGCCGGACUACCUGGGCAGCGACCAGCGCAAGGUGAAGGCCAAGGACUCGGCCAAGGAGGGCGGCGAGGAUGGCGAGGGUGAGCGAGUGAUCCGCUCCCUGGACGAGGGCGAUAUCGCCCUGCUCAAGACCUACGGGCAGAGCGCCUACAGCCGCCUCACCAAGCAGGCGGAGGAAGACGUGCAGUCCAUGCUCAAGAAAAUCAACGAGCUCACGGGCAUCAAGGAGUCUGACACUGGGCUGGCUCCCCCUGCACUUUGGGACCUGGCCGCUGACAAGCAGACCCUGCAAAGCGAGCAGCCCCUGCAGGUGGCCCGCUGCACCAAGAUCAUCAAUGCCGAGGGUGAAGACGCCAAGUACAUAAUCAAUGUGAAGCAAUUUGCCAAGUUCGUGGUUGACCUGGGCGACCAGGUGGCACCCACGGACAUCGAGGAGGGCAUGAGGGUCGGCGUGGACAGGAACAAGUACCAGAUCCACAUCCCACUGCCGCCCAAGAUCGACCCCACUGUUACCAUGAUGCAGGUGGAAGAGAAGCCCGACGUGACGUACAGCGACGUGGGUGGCUGCAAGGAGCAGAUCGAAAAGCUGCGGGAGGUGGUGGAGACGCCGCUGCUGCACCCCGAGCGCUUCGUCAACCUGGGCAUCGAGCCGCCCAAGGGCGUGCUCCUCUUCGGGCCGCCGGGCACGGGCAAGACGCUGUGCGCGCGCGCCGUCGCCAACCGCACCGAUGCGUGCUUCAUCCGCGUCAUCGGCUCCGAGCUGGUGCAGAAGUACGUGGGCGAGGGCGCCCGCAUGGUGCGCGAGCUCUUCGAGAUGGCGCGCACCAAGAAGGCCUGCCUCAUCUUCUUCGACGAAAUCGACGCCAUCGGCGGGGCGCGUUUCGACGACGGCGCCGGCGGCGACAACGAGGUGCAGCGCACCAUGCUGGAGCUCAUCAACCAGCUGGACGGCUUCGACCCGCGCGGAAACAUCAAGGUGCUCAUGGCCACCAACCGGCCCGACACGCUCGACCCCGCUCUCAUGCGCCCCGGCCGCCUCGACCGCAAGAUCGAGUUCGGGCUGCCAGAUCUCGAGGGCCGCACGCACAUCUUCAAGAUCCACGCGCGCUCCAUGAGCGUGGAGAGGGACAUUCGCUUCGAGCUGCUCGCGCGACUCUGCCCCAACAGCACCGGAGCGGAGAUCCGCAGCGUGUGCACCGAGGCCGGCAUGUUCGCCAUCCGCGCGCGCCGCAAGGUGGCCACCGAGAAGGAUUUCCUGGAGGCCGUCAACAAAGUGAUAAAGUCCUACGCCAAGUUCAGCGCCACCCCUCGCUACAUGACCUACAACUGAGGUGUCGGGAUUGCACGGAGGGUGCAGUUGUUUUCUUGGCAUAUGUUAGGAAAAGUUUUUCUUUUUACAUACUAUGGUAAAUGCACACGCGAAAGUUAAAAGUGUUUGGCAAAGUUACCAGUCCUGUUCAGUGAAAGGGUAUAGAAUUUUUUUUCCAGGCCAGGUUUUGUAGUUGGUUGAGCAGAGCAUACAGGAUGCCACACACACACACGAGUCUAGAAAUACCUGCUUUGUGGUGUGAAUUUCUGUUUUGAAACCAUGUAAUGCUUUGUGGAUUGUAAAACAUUACAAAUUUGACAAAUAAAAGAUUACGUAAAUGGAAAAAG